AACGCACCAUGGAGUCGCCUCCUCCAUCGUGAGUGACAUAGCCUCUUUUACACAUGGCCAUUGGAACUGGUUCGCCUCCCACGAAUCCCCGAAGGCUCUCUCCGCUAGAGCCGGAGCCCUAUGUUUUGCGCCAUGUCCUCGAGGAUCUUCCCUUGAAUCCUGACGAGGGCGAUGGGGACGCCUCCAUCACCUGUGUUGAAUUCUGGAAUAACAAUCUCUAUGUUGGCACAUCUGCGUCCGAGAUCCUUCACUUGGUUGCUUUUCCUACCGACGAAUCCGAUCAGAACGCCGUUCCCACCUUUAUCCUCGCUUCUCGCUUGCAGCCCAGUGGCCAUGUGGCCUUCAAUGACUCCAGCGCGGAGUCUACGCACCUCGGUGUACAAAAGAUUCUUGUUCUUCCAGGACCGAUGAAAGCGUGUGUCUUGUGCAAUGGCACCGUCUCAUUCUACUCCCUACCAGAGUUCAGCCCUGCGUUUCCUAAUAGGGAACCUGCUGGUGUGCAAUGGAUAGGAGGAAUUGAUGAAAAUGAUGACAAAGAAAGCCCCGAAGGCCCUGUCGUCAUGAUCGCAAAUGCGCGACGUAUUCUCCAAGUCAAAGUGGGCGAAAAGUUGCGUCCGAUUAAGAACAACAUCGAGUACCCGGGGUGCCUGAGUUCAAGCAGGAGAGACACCAUCGCAUGCGUCGCUGAUGACACUAGCUAUGCUCUUCUCGAGCUGGAAUACCAACAGAAGAUCCCACUGUUUCCCAUUUCCUCUCAACCCGCGGUAGAAGAUCCACCAGAGUUGAAUCCCAUGGCGACCUCGCUGUCCCCACCUCCAUCAGAUGCUGGUCACAGUCGAAGUACUAGCAUGGGUAAUCUCAUAGGCUCGCCAGACCCUCGAGGACUCGAUCCUCAACGUGAGGAAACUCAGACUCCUCCUAAUCCUUCAGCAUCAGCCUCGGCCGCAGGAGAGCCCAAUGAAUCACAGACUCCGUCCAAUCUCCCAGAAGCCGACUCCGGUGCCCCAAAACUCAGGCCCCGAGCAUCUACAGAUACAAGAUCGGCCAGUACUGUACCAUUACGUUUACCUGAGAAACUCAAGCCUCAUAUUCUCUCACCAAGCCCCACCGAGUUUAUGCUGACAACUGGUACAUCCGAAAAAGAGCCGGGAGUGGGUAUGUUUGUUAAUCUGGACGGCGAUGUCGUGCGUGGGACUGUCGAGUUUCAAACUUAUCCUGAGGACCUUCUACUCGAUAACUUUUCGCUGCCAGAAACCCCGGCGAGUGUCGAAAGUGAUGACGAUGGCCUGCUCAUCUUCGCCCUUUUACGCCGGCAUGAAACUGGGAAUGUGACGAGAGGCCUCGAAGUCCAACGACUAGAUAAUGCUGCUUCAUCAGAUCAUCCCAAAAUAUGGAUCUCUCUGCCUAAAUCAGCACUCCAGCAUCCUCGUGCAGGGCUUCAUCACAGCUUCGGCAGUCUCUCUCACUCGUUUCCAAUUGCCAGCGAUCUGCUUGAACUUGUACCCUUGCCGAGUGGUCGCUCUCGGGCCCGGAUCGACCAUGACCCACGAACACAAUCUGCGGUCGAACAAUUCGAGCAAGAGCGUGCUCUCUUUGAUAGCCAAUCGUCAUCAGCCCCCACUGAGACAUCGGCAGAAUUGGUCACCAAACGUGCAUCCGAAGAAAAGAGGUUUGCCAGUCGGUUCGGACAGUCCUUCACAAGAAAUAUGGUUUUUCAUGGCAAGGACUUAUUCAUGAUUCUCCGAAAUCCCUUAAUCUCGCAGUUGGAAUAUCGGUUGAUGCAAUAUGUGCCAAAUGCCAACCUCUCUACCAUCAAACCAACCCAAAUCUUUGGCUUUUUGGCUAGCAUUCACGGUCGUGAGCCGAAAGACGAAUCCGAAUUUCUAACAUUGAAUUACAUCAGGCAAAAAGCAAGUCUUUUGCUCUUCAUGCAUCUCCAGACUCAAUUCGCCUCGACGGAUCUGGACAAUAUCCUCCGGCCUAUCGAGAAUACCCUCCAUGACGGCGGGCUAGAUCCGCGGAUUGUACUUUUACUGCUGCCCCCUUUGUCCUCAGAGGUACUCUACGGCGCCGAAGGCAUCUGGCUCCACCACGGCCUAGCUGACCUCUUCGAGACCUUUCAAUCCAAGAUAGCAACGUUCGCUAAAGCGCCUGUCGAGUUUUGGAUGAUGGUUCGCCAUUUUCUCAUGCUUUGGCAAGAGAAGAGAGGCUACGGCAGUAUUGCUGAUGAGAAAAACGUCUUCGAUUCCACCGACUCCGCUCUCCUCCAUGUCCUCCUUCACCUAGAUCAAAUCCUCCCCCAGGACAGUGGCGCCCAGCGGUCGGUCAAGAUCAAGUUGGAAAACGUUGUUGACCAUUGGAAAGGUGAUUUUGAUCGAGCAAUACAACUGCUGGAAAGCUAUGACCGGCUUUUUGUGCUGAGCAGAUUGUAUCAAAGUCGGAAGAGAUCCCGCGAUGUUCUCCUCACCUGGAAGAGAAUCAUUGAAGGCGAAAAGGAUCCCGACUACGGCUCGAACAUCGAGUUCGUUGAAGCACGAAUGAAAAAGUAUCUGACGGUGCUUCGAGAUGGCGGCUUGGUCCAAGAGUACUCACUUUGGUUGGCGCGAAGGAAUCCAGAGAUUGCCGUCCAGCUUUUAACCGACGACACAGCUCGUGUCAAAUUCGAGCCUCAGACUAUUGUUCCACUGCUCAAGCAACACGCACCUGGGGCAGUACAGCAGUAUCUCGAACACCUUGUUUUUGGCAAACAUCUAGACAAGUAUGCCGACGAUCUUAUCGGCUACUACCUUGACUCGGUGUUGACCGUACUCGAAAGCUCGGAACCAGCACGCACGUUGCUGGCAGAGAGUUACUCAACCUACCGGGCUUUGGAAACCCCUAAGCCGACGUACCUCGACUUUAUCAACCAAAACCCACCUCCAGACCCUUGGUGGCAAUCACGGCUUCGAUUACUGCAACUGUUGGGGAGUGGAGCAUAUGCCAGCCGUGGCGCGUCGAGUAAAGACUUGACAUAUUCAGUCUCCAAAGUGUUGGAACGAAUGGCGCCUUUCUCGAGCUUUCUAGUCUCUGAAUCCAUCAUCUUGGACGCCCGUCAAGGACGACACACCGAAGCACUUCGACUACUCACACAUGGUCUGGGCGACUUUGACACCGCAACACGCUACUGCUACUUUGGCGGACCAGCACCAUCGUACUCACAGACGAUCGACGUGUCCAUGCUCCCACCGCGCUCGCUCCAGACCGAGCUCUUCAACUUUCUGUUCCGCGAGUUCUCGAUGAUUGAGAAUCUCGAGGACCGUAUUGAACGCACGAGUCAUCUUCUAGGUACCUUUGCGACUUUCUUCGACCCGCUGGCCAUCUUGCAGGAGAUUCCUGACGAUUGGACCGUGGACAUUCUGUCGGAAUUUCUGGUGCGCAGUUUCCGAGCCGCCACCACUGAGAGAAAUCAGGCUGUGAUUCUCAAAGCUCUCAGUGCAGCACAAAACCUGCAGAAACAGGUCGAAUUUAUCGAAGUUUGCGAGAAGAUCGGUGCUCGUUUCGAUAGAGGCCGCGGUGGUGAGUUGGAUAGUGGGGAUUCCAUCGGUGCGGGCAUCAGCAUCAGCUGAAUCCACUGUCUGUCGCUUAUGUAUAUAGCAACCUCCACAAUCGAAGUUGCACAUGUCAGGAGACACAAGGUCAUGGACCGAAAUGCGAUUAGACAUUACACACGCUGCAAACCAGUUGCAGACAUGCCCUUUUUUCUCUCUAUGCUAUAUCUCACGAAUAACGUGACGAUUGUUUCACAUGCAAGACAAAGGAAACCCAUGAUAUAUGUCCAACUCAGCAGUAGCCAAAGGCAUACAACACGGUGGCCUGUAUAAACAGCCAACAUAAGAAGAUUCCUAGACGCCGUCGCUCGUUCGCUCGUAACAACGCUGAGGAUGGAUGCCAACGCCGUCAA